CAGGCGGCGCGCACGGCGACACCCAGGGCGCCGUGAUCGGGGCCGUGUCUGAUAGCGACGUGGACCCGACGGACCACCAGCCGCGGUCCAUGCCCGCGGCGGGCUCCCACACGGUAGCUGGCCGCGCAGGUGCUGAUGGCACCGCGCAGGCCCGAGACUUCCGGCAGCGGCCCCUGCCCACGUCCGGGUCGGAGACCCCGCUCGCUUCAGGCCACUCCCAGCAGGAGGUGGACGCGCGGCAGGUGCGGGCCCACCAGAUGGAGGUUAUCCAGGCCCACUUCAACAGGUGGGUCCUCAUCUUCACGCUGCUGAUGUGCGUCCUGCUGCCGGUCAUGCUGGGCCUCUUCACCUGGCUGGUGUACUCCCUGGUGGCCGACUUCGACCUGGAGUGCGACGUCCCGCUCAAGGCGUGGACCAUAGUUGUGUGCUCCAACACGGCGUACCACCUCAACUGUGGCCUCGGGUCCAUGCACACACGGCUGCUGCAGUUGUGUUGCAAGUACGACCCCACCGAGAGCCGCCCAGCUCCCUGGUACGUGCGGCUCUACAACAUGCUCAUGUGCCUGCUGACGUUCGCGUGGCACUGCAUCGGGCUGCAUUGGGUCCGCAUCUCGGACACCUGCGGCGACACCUCGCCGCUGCUCUACGAGGCCGUCAAGGCGGCCU